UUCUCUAUAAAUUAAAUUUAUGGCAAAUUAAUAUUUCGUACAAUUGAAAAAAUAAAUUAUUUCAUAAGUUGACUUGCUUUCUUUAAGUAAAAGCAUCAAUAUGAUGAACCUGUAUAUAUUUUUAACAAUAAUUGCGUCUACUCAAGCAAUUUCAGGAGGGACAGACACUGACAUCAACCUCUACAAAUCCCAACUAUCGUUGAGAUAUAAAGAUAUCCAUUUUUGUGGCGCGUCUUUGAUAAACCAAAAUUGGGCUCUUACAGCUGCAAGUUGUCUUGACGUUCAUUCUACCGACUUAUCAGUACAAGGGGGUACGACAAAUUUUGCAUCAAAUUCAGGUGUUAAAGUGAAUGUUGAAUCUUUUAUAAUACAUCCAAAUUACCAUAGACAAACUCACGAAGAUGACAUAGCUUUACUUCAUUUUACUACAAGCAUUCAAUUAAAUGAUAAUUUACGUCCAGCUAUGUUGCCUUUUGAAGAUAUUAGUGAUGUUACAGUAAACGCAGAGGUAGCUUUGAUUGGUUGGGGCGCAAUGGAACCAGAUGGGAGCUAUUCCGAUGUAUUACAGAUGGGUGAAGUUUCGGCGGUUUCCAGAAGUGAAUGUUAUCUAGAUUUUCCAAAUAUUACGUUAUAUAUGUUUUGCGCUGGUAUUUCAAACUUAGAACAUAUCAGCGCUUGCGCAGGGGAUUUCGGCGGUCAAGCCAUCGUAGAUAAUUGUUUGAAAGGUAUUAUUCUAUGGUCCGAUUCAUGCGGGAAAAGUCCUACUGUUAUGACUCAAAUAUCUACCUAUAAAAAAUGGAUUUUAAGUGCUAGUAAUAUAACUGAUUAUGAAAUAUGUCCUCUGUCCUAUUAAAAUAAAUUAUUUUUUGGAAUAAAAUCGCAAUAAAUACUUUAAAUAUGG